AUGGUCCCGCCGGAAAGCGAGAGUGCGCGCAGCUGUGCGCAGGCGGCGGCGGCGGCGGCGGCGUCGGCAGGUGGCGGCGGCAGUAGGCGCAGCGCAGAGGCGCCGAGCGGAGCGGAGCAGCGCUGGCCGCCACAGCCGGUGCGCGCCGCCGCGCCCGCGGGGGAUGCCGCCGCCGCCCCAGCCGCCCCCGCCGCCCCCAGCGACGCCGCCGCCGGCGCGACCCUGACGCUCUACUACGUCGUACUACCCGGGUCGCGCCUGCCCUCGGCGCCGCCUCCGCCGCUCCUCAUGGACGCCGCCGCCGUAGCCGCUGCCGGCGUGCAGCCGGGCGCCGUCGUCUUGGCCGGCAGCAGCAGCAGCGCCUCCUCCGCCGCCUCCACCACCUCCGGCGCCGCCGCCACCAACGGCAGCAGCAGCAGCAGCAGCAGCAGCAGCGUGGGCGGCGGGGGCGGCGACCCGCCCAGCCCGCCGGCAGCCAGCGCGCCCGCCGCCGCCUUCACGAGCGUGAAGCAGGAGGUGGCGUCGCCGUCGGGGUCGGAGCCGUCGAGCCCGGUCGAGGCGUCCAGUCCCGGGGUGAGCGUCGGCGCCGUUGCCAGGCCGGCCCCCACCGCCAGCUCGGGUGAGUACGCUGCCCGAGCCUAG